AUGAUAAUAGAAGACGAACGAGACACUUACCGUAAUCAUGAUUGCUUAGCGGAAUUCCAACAAGGAGAGGGAAGUGCACGUGUGGAUGGACGGGUUCGCAGAAGGCGUACAAAUCUUCAGGAAAUUUUGAAUGCUCGAACUAGAGUUCGUGAUAGGAAAGUGCAGCAACAACUAAAAAAAGAUUUAGUUGAACAUAUAUGGCAGAGGCAUCUUAAUGGUCAAGAUGUCGAUGAUAACGACGACGCUGAAAGUGGGGAUGAAGUUUACGAUGAAGAUGAAAUUGCCGAUGAAGAUCACAUUUAA